GCGAUGGAGCCGGCGAAGAUGGCGUCUCCCAAGAGCGCGCCCAAAGACGCGCAGGUGAUGGCGCAGAUCCUGAAGGACAUGGGCAUCACGGAGUACGAGCCGCGCGUCAUCAACCAGAUGCUGGAGUUCGCCUACAGGUAUGUGACUACUAUACUGGAAGAUGCAAAAAUUUACUCGAGCCAUGCAAAGAAAUCCAGCGUCGAUGCGGAUGACGUGAGGUUGGCAAUCCAGUGUCGAACAGACCAGUCGUUUACAUCUCCACCUCCAAGAGACUUCUUGUUAGAUAUUGCAAGGCAGAAAAACCAGACGCCGUUGCCCUUGAUAAAGCCUUAUUCUGGACCCAGGCUUCCGCCUGACAGAUACUGCUUGACAGCUCCCAACUACAGACUGAAGUCCUUGCAGAAGAAGGUCUCCUCCUCUGCAGGAAGAAUAACAGUCCCUCGCCUGAGCGUUGGUGCUGUGAGCAGCAGGCCCAGCACUCCUACUUUAGGUACACCUUCAGCACAAACAGUAUCCGUCUCAACAAAAGUUGGCACUCCAGUGUCGCUGACCGGUCAGAGAUUCACCGUACAGAUCCCGUCUUCUCAGGCAGCGGUCAAGUCAGCCACACCAACUACUCCGACAGUUCAGAAUGUUCUAAUUAAUCCUUCGUUAAUUGGACCGAAGAACAUUCUCAUUACUACAAAUAUGGUAUCAUCACAGAAUACAUCUAAUGAAUCAAACCCCUUGAAAAGGAAGCAUGAAGAUGACGAUGACUAUGAUAACUUGUGAAGAGACUGUCCGAUCCCCUUCUGUUCCUCAGUGAUUCAUAUUGAGUCUGAUAGGGUUUUUGCCAAGAGUUCUUUGUAAACAGCGUGAGAGUGUGUAAAUACUCUGUUAAUAUGCAGUUGGGUGUGGAGUGAGAGAGGUGAUUGCCUGUGGAAAGAGGAAAAAGCAACUUGUCUUUUUCUGUGGCCCCUAACGUCUUUUAAACCUCAGCAGCGACGGUGUGCAUUGGUCGCUGUUACACAGGAGAACAGCCUUCGCCUCUCUUCACUCGCCUUAUUUCUAACAGACGUGCCCGUGUCUCUGAAGCCGGGUGAGCCAGGUGCUGCAGUACUGCCCCGUGCCAAGUAAAAAUCAUUUUUAGAAAACACGGGAUGGUGUGACAUAGAUACUCAUUUCAAAUAAAUAACAUCAAAACCAGAGUCCUGGGUGAGGUGGGACGUAGCUGGGGAGUAUCAGCCUUUUUUUUUUUUUUUCUGCUUUGAGGCUGUGUUAGUCACAUGCACUGUUCUCCAUGUGCAGUUCCAGUGGGCGUGAAGAUUAUCUCUUAACAGUGGAAAUGCAGAUAAGAGGUAGAGGAGGGGGUUUCUGGAGAACACUUGCUUAGGGUGACCUCUGGAAUCCAUUAAUCCAUGGUUUCUGUUGGCCUUAACAUCCACACUAACUCAAAAGGUAGAGAAAAGAUAAAGUCCCAGCCAAGAUUUGUUCUUUAUUUAUUUCCAGAGAGCUGCACCUCUGUCAGUUGUCGUUUCGUUAAGCUUGUGCUUGCAUGUGUAUUGACUAACAUGUCACUGUCGUCCUGGCACGCGGGGGGAUCCGGCAAAGGGCAGCUCACCUGAGCCCGACUGCGAGUGUCUGACUGGAUGCCUCGGGCACCUGCAGGUGGUUUUGUGCUGUGUCGCAGUCCUAAGUCUGCUGUACUAAAAGAUUGAAUAAAUUCAAUGUGUUUUUAUAUA